GGCUGGCGGGAGGGGUGGCCUGGGGCGGUGCGUGGCGCGCGGUGAGUGCGUGGUGGGGUCGGGGGGACCCGGCAGCCGCAGGGCCGCAAACCCGCCCUUGUCCCUGUCACUCGGGCCUCUCGCUGCCUGUGUCUGCUGUUCAAUCCCCGGUGCUGCCCCCCCAGCGCUGUGCGGAGCCGAAGAGCAGCCCGUCCCCUCUUCUCCCUGCCCAGGUUUCUGCAGCGUGCGCCUGGCAGGAGCGGUUGGGCCGCAAGGACCCUCCUGGCCCCCGCCAUGGUGCCCGAGAAGGACGUGGAGGCCGUUGGCAGGACGCUGGUGGACGCCGCGCAGCCCCUGGCGGCUCGCUUCCGAGCCCUCUUCACCCUGCGCAACGUAGGGGGUCGCGCAGCCGUCGACUGGAUCAGCCGGGGCUUCGGGGACGAGUCUGCUCUCCUGAAACAUGAGCUGGCCUACUGCCUGGGACAGAUGCAGGACGAGCACGCCAUCCCCGUCCUGAUCCAGGUGCUGAAGGACACCAGCCAGGAGCCCAUGGUCAGGCACGAAGCAGGUGAAGCCUUGGGAGCUAUUGGAAAUCCCGAUGUGCUGGAUGUUCUGAAACAUUAUUCUGAAGACCCAGUUGUCGAGGUAGCAGAGACGUGCCAGCUUGCAGUUAAGAGGCUUGAAUGGCUGCAGAAGAACAAGGAAGUGCCAGGCACCAAUCCCUACCUGUCUGUGGACCCUGCUCCCCCUGCUGAGGAGGAGGACAUUGCCAAGCUGCGAAACACCCUCCUGGAUGAGUCGUGCCCACUGUUCGAUCGCUAUCGGGCCAUGUUUGCCCUGAGGAACAUGGGGGGCGAGGCUGCUGUGCUGGCACUGGCAGAUGGCCUGAAGUGCAGCAGCGCCCUCUUCCGACAUGAGAUCGGCUACGUCCUAGGGCAAAUGCAGCAUGAAGCCUGUGUCCCCCAGCUGACCGCAGCACUGGAAAGAGUAGAGGAGAACCCCAUGGUGCGUCAUGAGUGUGCUGAGGCACUGGGCUCCAUCGCCCAAGCAUCCUGCCUGGAGACCCUGCAGACUUACUCCCAGGACAAGGAGCAGGUGGUGCGGGAGAGCUGUGAGGUGGCUCUGGACAUGUACAACUAUGAGAACAGCACAGAGUUCCAGUAUGCGGAUGGGCUAAGCAAGCUUCAGGCCUCCAGCUAAGCAGGGGCUUCUGCCUCUGUGGGUGUGCAUGCCUGCAGAAGGCAGUGGCUGGAAUGGGUAAACCCAGGGCCUGGUUUCACCCUUCCCUGCACAGCCAUUUACACCACAGAAAACUGGGUGUGAUGCCAGAUUCAGCUGGUCACUCUGCCCUGUGUAAAUAAUGGCAGCACAUGGUGCAGAGCAGUGGAGUUCCAGGCUUCAGCCACUAUUGCUAACUUGUUAUAGCUUGCUUGUUUUAGUCUAAGGGAUGGGCCAGGCUCCAGAUCCGAGCCCUGGGGUGCCAGGGUUCUGGACAGAGCUUCAGCCCACUAGCACCUGGUAGAGUAGCAUACUACUCUGUAGUAGCUCAGUAUACGGACAAGGCAAGAGCUCCAGGCAGGGCAUGGAUCGAUCCUGUGCUUGUUUCAAGGGGAUGCUGCUCGUUGAAAGUGCUGGCUUCUUGUGUGUCACGGGAGUUGUUCCAGGGGUCUGUUCUUUGCCUCAAGGUUGUCUGGAACUCUACGCCAUCAAGGAUUCAUCCUUACAGAGUUCCAUUUUCUUUGGCUGUUCUCUGGCCUCCAGCUUUGCUGCUAUUAUGUACUUGGUGUGUCAGGUAAAGCUCAGCUGCAAGGCUGCCCCCUCCUCCACCCCCACUCCAUGGGCCUUUCUGGAGGUAAUGUAUUUCUCUCUGUGCCUUGGUGCCAUGGGCCUGGCAGGAGGCUAGCUCUCUUUCAUAGCAGUUGCUGCAGUGGCUUAGUAGAGAAUGCUUUGUGGCUACUCCAGUGACACUCCUGCCCUAAUAGACUUGGUGCCACUGAGCAGGCCUGUGUCUCUGGAUCCCUCCUAUGCCAUGAACCUGUUCUUCCUGAGUUGUCCUGGUGCCUUGCAGACUCAGUUCUGUCCUCUUGGGAACUCAUGUUGCCCUUCAGUGAUCCUGUUUCCUGGAACCAUGGCCUGAGUUUUUCGUUCUGUAAGGAGCUGUGCACAGGCAGCAGUGGGGGUCGCUGCAGUUCCCAAGCUCCUGCAAACAGCAGCUGGGGAUUAUAUCCCCCAGGAAAGGCCAGUCCCUUCCAGGGGUGCCUGGCUACAGUACCUCUGAGUUUAAAUUAAUAUUAGAGGGAAUUGCUGCAGUCUCUGUUUGGGCCCGGGCUGGAGGCUACCACUGCCUCAUGUUAACUAUACCCCUGUGAAGCCCUCUGGAUUCAUGUUAGAAUUGGUGACUAGGAGCAGGAGUCGUCAUCUCUGCCUGCUGUCUGCAAAACCCUGCCAUUUGCAGGGGGUUGGCAGUGCCCUUCACAGCUCUGUCAUCUUGGGUUGGGUGUGGCAAAGAGGGAGAUGCCAGACAGCUGUCUUGAGGUGUUUUGUUGGCUAAGGCUCUUAGAGCAGCUGUGUAGAGCAGAUAGCAUUCCUAGGGGCACUUGUGAACAAACCAAAAGCUUGUUUUUGAUGAGAUGUGGGAACAUGCUGCAGGGGAAUAAAUGGCAUUAUAACA